UAAUGACUUCUAUACAUCUCGUAUUAUGAUUGGCUUCUUGUGAACACGUAGCUUGGCGCGAAUCAAGAACUUCCAUAAAAUAAGAUCCUUCGGGAAAUCUUGAAGCACAGGUGUUCGUUUGUAUCGUGCUAGUACUCAGAUUCAGAAGUCGGCAAGUAUUUCCUUUCAAAAAAAAAGAAGUCGGUAAGUAUUUUCAAUCCGAACCAAACCCCACAUCACAAUUCCAUAUAUGCCCCCUACACGUACAUCAAAACCGCUCCUUUUUUUCAAGGACCUUACCCGUUCUUCUACCCCUCCCCUUCCGGCGAUGCCAUCCUCUGUUUCGAACCACUAUGCCUCCCUCCUAAAGCUCUGCUCCCAACCCAACAACCAAUCCCACCUCAAGAAGCUCCAUUGCGUCAUCCUCAGAGCCCUAAACCCCAUAGACACCUUCCUCUAUAACACCCUCAUCACCUCCUACUCCAAUGCCGCCCUCCCUGCCCAGGCCCGCCGCGUGUUCGACCAAAUCCCCCACCCAAACCUCUUCUCCUGGAAUGCUGUCCUCUCGGCCUACUCCAAGUCCGGAUGCCUCUAUGAUAUGGAGCAGAUGUUCGACUCGAUGCCCGAGAGGGACUGCGUCUCAUGGAAUUCCCUCGUAUCGGGAUUCGCGGGCCACGGCUCCGCAAAAAAAGCGUUUGAGGCCUACCGAGCUAUGUUAAGAGAGGGACAAGCGGCACCGAACCGCAUCACGUUUUCGACAAUGCUGAUUCUUGCAUCGGCUCGGUCAUCCGCUGACUUGGGUCGGCAAGUCCAUUGUCAAAUCAUAAAGUAUGGAUUUGAACGCUAUGUCUUUGUGGGUAGUCCUUUGGUUGACAUGUAUUCUAAAGUAGGGCUCCUUGGCGAAGCAAGACAUGUUUUUGAGAGGAUGGAGGAGAAGAAUUUGGUAGUGUAUAACACCAUGAUCACGGGGUUGCUUCGGUGUGGCAUGGUUGAGGACUCAAAGCAAUUGUUUGGAGAGAUGUCUGAAAGAGACUCCAUUUCAUGGACCACAAUGGUCACCGGUCUAACCCAGAAUGGGCUGGAAUUGGAAGCCCUUAGUUUUUUCAGAGAUAUGAGAGCACAGGGUGUAGGUAUUGAUCAAUAUACUUUUGGAAGUGUUCUGACUGCGUGUGGUGGUCUUUCGGCUCUGGAACAGGGGAAGCAGGUUCAUGCCUAUAUAAUUAGGACAUAUUAUGACAACAACGUCUUUGUAGGGAGUGCUCUUGUAGAUAUGUAUUCAAAGUGCAGGAGCAUAAGGUUGGCAGAAGUAGUUUUUAGGAGAAUGGCAUUCAAAAACAUUGUGUCAUGGACUGCAAUGCUUGUGGGUUAUGGCCAGAAUGGAUGUAGUGAGCAAGCCAUGAAGAUUUUCUGUGAAAUGCAAAGGAAUGGUAUCGAGCCAGAUGAUUUUACCCUUGGUAGUGUGAUCAGCUCUUGCGCCAAUCUAGCUAGCUUGGAAGAGGGUGCGCAGUUUCACUGUCGAGCACUAGUCUCAGGGUUGAUCUCAUUUAUUACUGUGUCUAAUGCGAUUGUUACCUUAUAUGGAAAGUGUGGAAGCACUGAAGACUCGCACCGGCUGUUCAAGGAGAUGCAGAUUAGGGACCAGGUCUCAUGGACUGCAUUAGUUUCGGGCUAUUCUCAGUUUGGAAAGGCAAAAGAGACGAUAGAAUUGUUUGAAAAAAUGUUGAUUGAGGGAGUGAAGCCUGAUGGCAUUACAUUCAUUGGUGUUUUAUCUGCUUGUAGUCGAGCAGGGCUUGUGGAGAAAGGAUAUAGCUACUUCAAUUCUAUGGUGGAAGAACAUAGAAUAACUCCCAUAGCUGAUCAUUACACUUGUAUGAUUGAUCUACUUAGCAGAGCAGGAAGGUUGAAAGAGACUGAGGAUUUUAUUAAGCAGAUGCCUUGUCUCCCUGAUGCAAUUGGGUGGGCGACACUGCUGAGCUCAUGCAGGGUCCAUGGCAACAUGGAACUUGGGAAAUGGGCAGCAGAAAAUCUAUUGGAACUUGAUCCACAGAACCCUGCAAGCUAUGUAUUGCUAUCAAAUAUGUAUGCGGCGAGAGGAAAAUGGGAUGAAGUUGCUCGGUUAAGGAGGGGAAUGAGAGAUAGAAGAGUGAGGAAGGAGCCUGGUUGCAGUUGGAUCAAGCACAAGAAUAAGGUGCACAUUUUUUCAGCUGACGACCAGUCCCACCCCUACUCGGAAAGAAUAUACGCUGAGCUAGAGAAGCUCCAUUUGAAGAUGGUUGAGGAAGGAUACAAACCUGAUAUGAGUUCUGUUUUGCAUGAUGUAGGGGAGGCUGAGAAGAUGAAUAUGCUUAACCAUCAUAGCGAGAAGCUUGCCAUUGCUUUUGGUUUGAUUUUUAUACCUCAAGAAUUGCCGAUAAGAGUAGUUAAAAACCUCCGUGUUUGUGGAGAUUGCCACAAUGCAACCAAGUUCAUUUCUAAGAUAGUUGACCGUGAAAUUCUUGUGAGAGAUGCUGUUCGAUUCCACAAGUUUAGUAAUGGAGUGUGCUCUUGUGGAGAUUUCUGGUGAUGAAAUAAUUUUCAACCCAGACAAACCCAAAGAAUCGCAUCAAGGAGGAUUUAUCAAUCUGUUCCAAGAUUGUCAGAUACAAUUCAUGCAACAAACUAGAAAGUUCAGAAACCUGUGCAGACAGUAUUGUUCAAGUUGGAAGUAAAUUUCCAACAAUUUAUACAUGAAAAGAUUAGGCACAUUCAUCAGUAAAUGACUGAGCUAAUCAUUCAUCAGUUGCUUCAAGCAACUGAUUUAUUUAACCUUGUCAUAAUAUUUGGAUGACAAAAUAAACAUUUUUGAAGAGAGGAAAAUUUUAAUCUAUAAGUACAGCAGAAGCAUACCAUUGCAAAAUGAUAUGGAAUAUAUAAAACAAACAUCAGCACAUAUUUAUAGCAAUGGUUGUUUGAAUUAUGCAGAAGAAUUUUGAUGAAAAAGUUUCUAUUACUUCAUGGAUAAAGUGUUCUUUUAUUUUAUAGGAUUGGGAAUUGAUAGUUUCUGGCACAGAUUGAAGCAUAUGUCAGCUAGAAUCCAUACCUGGGACCCAAAAUAUAGGACCUGUUUCUUGUGAUCCCAUUUGAGAAAUGGAACAAGAGUUCGAAGGGGCUAAUAUUUCAGAAACCUCUAUAUACAGUAUUGGAGAUAAUCUGAAGGUAGUCCAGAUUUUGUUGGCUUCCGAUGGCUCUGGUAGUAAAGAUGAUAAUGAGACAGAUAUAAUGAUUCUGCAAACAUGAUUAGAGUUGUGGCGACUUCAGGGAAUUUUACAACAGCACCUUGCUAGGGUUAUCAUGUGAACCAAGGAAUAGGCCAAUUUUGGGAGUCCAGCAAAACUACUUUGGUUUGUUUUGCUUUUUCUUCUUCUUCUUCUUUUUUUUCGCGGGGGGGGGUUGCAACAGUAGCGUCUAGUUGUAUUGCAUUUUUCAUGGGCUUUCGCAUGACACCUCAGCCAGUGUAAUAGUUAUAUGUGAUCUUCAAUUACAUAUUAUUUUAUUAGUCUUUUUGAUUCUUAAUGCAACUAUAUGUUUGUUACUGUUAUUUGACAAAAGCUUUCUGUAUUAUGUGCAAAUGCAAGCCAUGUUUUACUUCUGCUUUAUAGUGCAGAUGCCUCUUCUACAGCCAAUUCAGUGGCAAAGAGAGUGAUCUUGAAAUUGGUAUGGCCUAGCAAAUAUAGCUGCCUGGGUUAUGCUAGGACAUGUAUGUUUUGCAACACAAAGUUGAACUUCAAGCAUGACAGGUAUUGGCUGAACUUGAAUGGUUUUAA